AUGACCCACUUUACCCGCUUUACAAAUUACCUCGGAACGUGUGUCAUUUUUCCGUUUUUUGUCUUUCUUUUUUCCAUUUUUUACCCCAUUUCGCAUGUCUUCCUCGAUAGUGCCAACCCGAUUGCCCCGUGGGAGGAAAGCAGGCGGACGGCCGGAAAGCCACUGCUUACGUUGUACACCCACGAACAUUGCACGCUGUGUGACGAGCUGGUGGAGCAACUCGAGGCGCAGUUUGCCGGCCGCUAUGCUUUGGAGAAGGUCGACAUCACCCGGAAGGAAAACGUUCGCUUUCUGCGCUUGUACCGGUACGACAUUCCCGUGCUCUUCCUGAACGGUCAGUUCCUGUGCAUGCAUCGAUUGAAUGCCGAUUUGCUGCAGAAGCGUUUGGUGGAAUUGGAAACAUCAACAAACUGAAAGGAGGAAUAAUGAUAUGGGAUAAGUUAUAAUAUAGGAAGCUUGGACUGUAUUGUUUAGUGAAGCGUGGAUCUCAAGGGUUAAUGUAUACCGAUUUUCGGUGUUUGCUUUAUUUUUAACGGUUUUUGCGAUUCAAAAUGUAACGUUUUCCGUUCAAUGUCCUUAGUAAUUUUGAAUUGUAAAAUAAAAUGAUAGAAAA